CUUGUGGCCAUAAAAUUGCAUUUAUGGUUGUUCUAGGUUUUAUGUGCAGAAGCAACACUUCUGCUCUGCUGUUGUUUUGAGUCUGAUUUUGGGACGGUGAAAAGGGACCCAAAACUGUAAUGCACAAAGGAAGUGAAUCAGCCAUCUAAACAAAAAUGUUACAAUAUGUUACUGGUUUAAGCGGAAGUAUGAUGUUUGAUUGUCCAUUCUUAAGAUUUUAAAUAAUCUUUGGUAGGUAUUUGAAGAUUAGCACUUACAGUGUGCAUCACUUUUUGAGGAAAGUGUUGGUGCUAACACUUGUGGUGGCGGGAGAGAUAACUGUUAGAUGGUGACUGCUUUUUUAAAGUAAAUUUGGAAGACAAAAAAAAUUCACAGUAUAACGAUGUAAUAAAUGGUUAUAAAAAAAUCUGUUUAAAGUGGCAAUGCUUAUCAUUCCAAUAUAGUAAGAGGUGUGUGUAUUAUAUUAGCCUGGUAAGCACUUUAAAAAUUAGACUUUCACACUAUCACAACAUGACACUACACAAUUUGUCAUUUGACUGAGUUGUUAGGCCUAAAUUACCUGCAAUUAUGUGAAAUGAUUUCUUGUUUUUAGCUAAAUCAAUCAUAAAUCAAGUUUCAUAAAGUUUCCAGUCAUGACAAAUUAUUUUCUGUACAUGAACAAGUAACAGGAGGCGUACUUUUACUUCACAUAGUUGGUAAAACCAAAGUCAUUUGAGAAAUGUAAAGUUUUGUACGUUUUAUUCUGAAAACCCAGUCUCCCAACAUGGCGGACACGAUGACGUAUUGCAGCAAUCUUUGGUCUAUGUAUAUCUGCUGAACACAUAUAAUCUUAAUCGCAUUUUAAAUUAUUCUUUAAAUACAGAGUAUUAAAAUGAAUACAUUUAUUACUUGUUUAAAUCUUUCACAUUUUUAAAUUCAGUUUCGAUAACUUACAUUAACCUACUGACAUUAUUUGUACACACGACAAACAUUAUAAAACAUACAAUUGUUCCUACCUGUAAUCAAUACAGAUGAAGGUUUAUUUAUGAAGAAAAAGCGCUUUAAUAAAGCAAAUUCAAGACUUCUCUCCUCAAAGACGCGAAAACAAACAAUUCUCGUGGGAAUUGGCCAAUCGCGUUUAUCCACUGACGCUGUAACUUGGCAUUUGGAGUUCCAUUGUGACGUAACGAUUUUAUCUGUCCUUAAAACAAGCAUAACGCGUCUUACUUUGCUCAUUCUGCAACUCGCUCGUUUACGGCUUACGGUUAUUGACUAACUUCAGUUGACUUGCGGUGAAGAUGGGUCAGAAUAUCUGUGGAUGCGUUAAAGCUGACAGCGGAGACGAUUCUAGUAGCGUGUACGGAGCGCUCCAACGUACACCUGCACGAUCGACCGCGAAUUCGCGAGAUUGUUUACCUCCACCAGUCGGUUCAACUGAUGGAGACGGAUCUGCUAGAAGAGAUGGAGUGAAGAAAAGGACAUUUUGGAAUUGGAGGAAAGGUCGAAAAGCAGGUCAGAGUGCUAAUGAAGUAGCUGUUGUGCCCGCUGACAACAGUACCGAAGGUGAGACUUCAGGACAGCAGGUCAGUGUCGAGGUCCACCUCAAUCAGGAAACUCUUGUCAGUGAACCUGAUGGAGAUGGAAGCGGUAAGAGAGAUGAAGUGAAGAAGAAGAAGAAGAAGAAGAAGAGAUUUUGGAAGUGGAGAAAAGGUCGGGAAGCUACUGAAGUAGCUGUUGUGCCUGCUGACAACAGUACCGAAGGUGAGACUUCAGGACAGCAGGUCAGUGUCGAGGUCCACCUCAAUCAGGAAACUCUUGUCAGUGAACCUGAUGGAGAUGGAAGCGGUAAGAGAGAUGAAGUGAAGAAGAAGAAGAAGAGAUUUUGGAAGUGGAGAAAAGGUCGGGAAGCUACUGAAGUAGCUGUUGUGCCCGCUGACAACAGUACCGAAGAUGAGAUUUCAGUACAGCAGGUCAAUGUAGCGGUCCUACCAUCUCUAGACCGCUCCAUGUCCAACUCCAGUGAGGACAGCUUCCACACGCCAGCUCUUUCUGUGGCUGAUUUGCUUGUCGGCAACCGUCAGUCUCCGGUCCGGUCUGUGUCUGACUCGAGUGAGGACAGCUUCCACACACCAACCCUUUCUCUGGCUGACUUGCUUGUCGGCAACCGUCAGUCUCCGGUCCGGUCUGUGUCUGACUCGAGUGAGGACAGCUUCCACACACCAACCCUUUCUCUGGCUGACUUGCUUGUCGGCAUCCCCCAGUCCCUGGACCAGCCCGUGUCUGACCCGAGUAUUGACAACAUCCAGACUCCGGUUCAGUCAGGGUCCAACCUAAGUGAUGUCUCCCAACCUUCAGUCAGUUCGAGGGUGUUGUUCCAGGGUGACGACCUGAAUGUGGACAUUAAGAAUGUAGAAGUAAACUCCUGCCAGUAUAAAAUCAUCAAAAUGUUGGGGGAAGGAGCUUAUGGAACGGUUUUUGAUGGGACCCGUGUGAGAGAUGGCUUGAAGGUGGCAGUGAAAUUGGUCAAAAAGUCCGUGGACAUUGAUUAUAUCAGCAUUCCCUGUCAUCCUGAACCUCUUCCACGGGAGAUCGCUCUUCUGAUCCUCGCGACUAACGGAACCCCAGUUCCUGAAAUCAUCCAGCUUCUGGACUGGGAGGACAAAUCUGACCACUAUGUCAUGGUCCUAGAAUGUCCUUCUCCAUGCCAGGAUUUACAUUGCUUUGUUUGUAGCAAAGGAGGAACAGUCACAGAGGCUUUGGCACAGAUUAUCAUGUGGCAGGCAACCACAGCUGCAUCUGAAUGCUGCGAGCGUGGCGUUUUCCAACGGGACAUAAAACUGAAUAACUUACUUAUUAACACAGACACGCUAGAUGUCAAACUCAUCGACUUUGGGUGUGGAGACAUUUGGAAGAAAUCGAAAUACAAGCAGUACUUAGGCACAUUGGAGUACUGCUGCCCUGAAUUCUACAACAAGUACGAGUGCCACGCAGAGCCAGCGACAGUGUGGUCACUUGGGGUGACGUUGUUUGCGAUGCUGUUUGGGUUCUUACCUGACUUCCACAACCUGGACCAGAUGAAAAAGAAGUGGUCCAGAAGUGGCUUGUCCAAAGAAUGCUGCAGCUUGAUCCAGUCGUGUCUGGAGAUGGAUCCAAACAAGCGUAUUAGUCUGAAAGAUGUUCUUCUCCACGAAUGGUUUGAGGAUUUUUUAAGGCUGGGCUAAUACGGGGGAUUGAUGAUGCAAUGGAGCGUCCGAGCAUGCAUGGCCCCUCCCCUAUCACUAGAGGGCCUGCCAUCAGAUGUCUGCGCAAUCACGAGCACAGGGUUGUAAGCUCUCACACACAUGCUUUCAGGCUCUCUCACGCUCUCACUCUGCACAAAUCUCAAAACUCUUAGGCCGUGUUCACACUUGACUUCUUUUUUGAAGCUGCUAGCGUCUUUUUUAUAUUAUAAUUAGGGAUGCACCGAUAUGUACAUUUCAAUGCAUUUAAUUAACCGAUAACAAUAACCGAUACUUCUUUAACAUUGAAAGCCAAUAACCGAUAUAUUGGCUGAUAUACAGUAUCUAAAUAUUAAUAUAAAAUUCCCUAAGACUUAGACAAAAGUCUUUCACAACAGAAAGACAGUAUUGUGCUGUAUUUUAACUGUGAGCAGCGUGUAGCUAAAAAAGUUUAACCAGAUGAAAUGAUUUAUGAUUUAUCGGCUACAAUAU